AUGGGAGAAUAUACUCGUCUAAUUUUCCUUCUUGUUCUUCUAAACGCAUCUGAGUUUGGAAUUGAGUAUUUGUAUGCUAUUCCAUAUGCUGCAACUAUUUUCAAAUUACCAUUUUAUCUUUCAACAAUUAUAAGUGUUUUUAUUGGACCAGUAAUUGGAAUUAUUGUUCAACUUGUUAUUGGUUCAUGCAGCGAUUGGUUUAACUCUCGUUGGGGUAAACGUCGACCAUUUUUAUUACUUGGUAAUUUAAUUGUUAUAAUUAGUAUUGGUAUUCAAGUGAUUUCAGGAAUUGUUGAAGUAGUUUCUCCUUCUAAAGAGAAUGAUUUUUCCACAUUCCAAUUUAUUUUUCUUAUGAUCGGUUUAUGUUUAUUAUAUGUCGGAACAAAUAUACUUCAAGUUGUAUCAAGAACAUUAGUACUAGAUAUUAUUCCUAUUGAACAUCAACAUCCAUGUGCAUUAAUGUUCAUUGCUUUAUCACUUUUUGCAAGGCUUAUUAUUCAUAUUACUUUUCUUAUCAUUGAGUCAAUAGAUUAUACAUCAGGAAUAGGUGUUAAAGUACGUUCAAUUACUGUACUAGUAUUAUAUUCAUUAGCAAUUUUUAUUGUACCAUUAACAAGUACAAUUACAUUCUUUACUGCAACAGAGAGUUUUAUUCCAGCUGAUCGUGUUCCUUUAUUUAUAUUUAUUAAGAGUUGUUUAAAGUCAAUUCUUGCUAUUAAUCGUUAUACUGUUUGUAAUUGGUUAAUUCUUCUCUUUGGAUGGAUGUCAUUUGUAGCAUUUGAUUCAUGCAAUACUGAACUAUUCCAUUUUUAUAGUGUAGUGUUUUAUGAAAAAUCAUUAAAUAUUAUAACACCUGAUAUAAUGUCAAGAAUUCAAUCAAUCAUAUUUGCCUUUGCUCAACUUGGGUAUUGUAUCUAUAUGUUAACUAAAAAACAAUAUCCGUGGUAUAUGAUGUCUAUUUCUAAUGCUAUUACUUCUUUAAUUUCAUUUUUACCUUUAACACUAUCAUCUAUUUGUUUUUAUUCUUCUAUAAGAAUAGAAUUAUUAAAUUCAUCUAACUUAUUGCUAAUGAUGUCAUUAAGUUGUAUAUUUAUUAUUCCAGUUGCAUUUUCUUCUGCUCAAUUAUUAAGUAUUCCAUUUGCUCUAUUAAAGAAUAUUGUUCCAUCAAGUCACUUUGGGUUAUUUGUAGGUAUAUUUAAUUGCGGGAUUAUUUUUGCUCAACAAUUAUUGUAUGGAUUAAAUUAUGCAUUUUUUGAGUCUUAUUAUUCAUCUCAACAUACUAUUACUAUGAAUGAUUUUUUUAAACACAAAGAUUUAAUUCCAAUAUUUUGUUGUAUAGCAAUAUUGUUAUAUCUUAUUACUUCCAUUGCUGCUUAUUUUAUUCGUUGGGUUUAUAAUUACCAUGAUAUUAAAGAUGGUUUUAUUGAAAAUACAAUGUCUAGUUCUGAGUCUGAAAACUAA